CCCAGAAAGGCUCCACCCUCGUCCGGCCCUUAGGUAUAGGGCAAGACUUCCCAGAGCCCCGCCUGGGAGGCGGGACGUGAGGCUCAGUACCGAGGGACACAGACCAGUCGACCUGUUCCACUGGGGCACGCCACUACCGCCGCCCAUGGGGAACAGCCACUGCGUCCCUCAGGCCCCUAGGAGGCUCCGGGCCUCCUUCUCCAGAAAGCCCUCGCUGAAGGGAAAUAGAGAGGAUGGCGCAAGGAAGCUGGCUGGCCUGUUUGGCACCGAGGCCGGUCCUGACGGGGACACCACUGCUGACAAGAUCUUCUACUACGUCCCUGGGACGGACAUCCCAGAUUUGGAGAGCCAGCGAGAAAAUCUAGAGCAGCCGUUCCUGAGUGUGUUCAAGAAGGGGCGGCGGAGGGUGCCUGUGCGGAAUCUGGGCAAGGUUAUACACUAUGCCAAGGUCCAGCUGCGAUUCCAGCACAGCCAGGACAUCAGCGACUGCUUCCUGGAGCUGUUCCCCUCUUACCUGUACUUCCAGGCCCAUGGUUCCAAAGGACUCACCUUCCAGGGGCUGUUACCACUGAUGGAGCUGAGUGUCUGCCCGCUCGAGGGAUCCAGAGAGCAUGCCUUCCAGAUCACAGGCCCGCUGCCUGCUCCCCUUCUCGUGCUCUGCUCCAGCCAGGCUGAGCUGGGCCGCUGGCUGUACCACCUGGAAAAGCAGAUGGCCCUCGUGGGAGGGCUGCAGCACUGCCACUCAUCGCCCCCGCAGGGCCUCCCUGAGGACGAGCUGCCCUGGACUCUGCAGCGCAGACUGACCCGGCUGCGGACAGCAUCGGGGCGUCAGAUGGUGGGUAGUGCCAUCUGUGCCUCGAGGGUCAAGCUGCAGCAUCUGCCCUCACAGGAACAGUGGGACCGGCUCUUGGUCCUGUACCCGACAUCCCUGGCCAUUUUCUCUGAGGAAGCAGAUGGGCUUUGCUUUAAGGGGGAGCUCCCACUCAGCGCCAUCCACAUCAACCUGGAGGAGAAGGAGACGCAGAUCCGCUCUUUCCUCGUCGAAGGCCGUCUCAUCAACACCAUUCGCGUGCUGUGUGCCAGCUACGAGGACUACAGCCGCUGGCUGCUCUGCCUGCAGACGGUCUCCCGUGGGGACGGAGCUCCCCCACCGCCCGGCCCUGAGAGCUUCCCAGGGCUGCGGGUGUCCACACAGGUCCUGGGUGGUGGCCGAGGCUCACUCUCCUCAGAUGGACGAACCAGCUGGGGCUCAGGGUGCCCAGCACCCCCGUCCACGCACACCAGCCACUCUCUCCCUGAAUCCUCAGUGCCGUCCACCACAGGCUGCCCCGCCCAGCCUGUGCCCGACCAGGCCCACCCUGGCGGCACCGGCACCAGCAGGCAGAGGGCAGAGCCGAGACGGAGCAGCAGCAGUCGGUCACCCAGGAACAAGGCCCGGGCCGAGGGGCCCGGCCUGGCCACCUCGUUGCUUUUGGACCUGACCAAGCUGAGCAAGCACAGCCCGGAGGGCAACCCCGAGGCCCGAGACCGGCCUCCAGAGGCCCCACGGUCCCCGCUCUACGCUGAUCCCUACACACCACCUGCUACCUCCUACCACAAGAUCGCAGCUGUCCAGGGCCUGGAUGAGUUCCUCAGCGCGAUGCAGAGCUCACUUGGACCUGAGUCCUCGAGCGCAUUCCCCUCGGUCCCUGUGUCUGUGCCUGUCUCUGACCCCAGCUCUGGGCUCUCCGGUCCCCACUUGCUCUCCAAGGAGGGAGCCCUGCAGCCGCGAGCCUCUCAGCGGCACCGAGGCUCUGUCCAGGGCCAGGGUCCACCACCCCCAGACUCCCCUCAGCAUGUCUCCCCUGUGAGAGAAGUCUCACCCGACCCCCUGCUGCCUCCCUCAGGUGGCCAUCCCCUCAGGAGCUAUGACAACAUCUGGGACAAAGCUUCAUCUCCUUCCCACAAGCGCUGGCCCCGCGGAGCACCUGAGGCUGGUGGGGGGCUCAUCCAGUGGAUCUGAUGGCCCCUGGGCCGGCUGGUUCUUGGGACUACCCGCCAGCAUUAACCCGGGAGUGGGGGUCUGCAGCAGAGCUGGGUCUUUCUUUGUAGGGCCACGGGCUGACCAGCAUCCAAUACCUGAACGCCAUUGAAGGCUGAGUCAGUGUCUGACCCCAGCAGGGUGCAGGGGUCUCCAGAACUCUGAGUUUCCCUGGGCUCUGGAGGGGCCAGGCAGAGGGCCUCAUACCGAAGAUGGCCUGGUGACACUGCUCAGGUCAGACACAGAUCAGAGCAGGAUGCAUGGAGGGACCAAACUUGAACCAUUCCUCCAGGGAAGACACGGGGAGGCCACUUGGUGCAGGCUUUACCUGGGGGUGGGAGAACAGCGUAGGUGUGAAGGCCAGAGGGCUGAGAAAGAGUAGUGGGGGUCAGAGCACGUGAGGUCAGAGAGCACAAGGGUAGGAGGUCAGCGAAGUCUGAGACGUCACAAGCAGAGGCAGGAGGGUGUUCCGGGCAAAUGUGAGUGCACCGCGGCCGGCUGGGAGAAACUGACAAGAGACUAAACAAGAAAGAUGAAGAUUGUAUUUGUGCUGCGUGUCCCCGCGUUUUCCACUCAGCAGCCAGAAGUCCCCUGUCCUGGGGACCCUGUGCGCACGCCGACCCGGCACCCAGCUUGGUAGCCUCCGUUGCUUUGCCGCCACCAGCCUCCCACCCGCGUUCCUGCCCCAUCUCUGGCUCCUCAAAGCCCCGGGACGACCCCAAAUGUUCAGUCCCUUUACCUGACACCACCAUAUUCUGCCCCUGUACCUCGUCCAGGGUUCCCCACAGGAGGGGCUCCAGCCUCUGCCCUACAGACCCUCACCCUGCUAGGACCGCCCUCCCAUAGGCCCCUGUGGGUUCCUGCUCACGGUCUCAGGAGCCCAGAAGGCCUUGGCCACACGCCCCUGGGGUUCAGGGGUCAAAGAGGCCUCAGAGGUUUUCACUACCCCAGUCCGCUUGUAAACAGGGCAGAUAGUCUCUGGGACUAUCUGGAGGGGGCUCCACCUGAAGGCCACCCAGUCUCCUCGCCCUUGCCCCCUGCCCGGAUUUCCAGCUGCAGCCUUGCUGCUGCACUGACACCUUCUAGUUUCCAACACUUUGUCCUGCUUCUCACCCCAGCUCACCAAAUGAAACAUAGGACACCCCGUUAAAUUUGAUUUCAGAUAAGCCACGCGUAAUUUAGUACAAUCUCCAAUACUGCAUGUCUGAAAUGCAAGUUUCACCAGACACCCUAUGUUUUUAUUUGCUAAUCUGGCCACCUUACUAACCAGCUCCUUGCUCAGCCCUGCCCACCCAGCCUUCCAGAAUCUCCCUCUUUCCAGGUGUGGAGCACAGCCUUGGCCUCAGCCACUGGCUAGACCUUUGGGUGGAAUCCAAGGGAGCCAGGACCGAGGACACUGGCUCCUUCCUAGAUGCCAUAGGACACAGGGAUCAAAGGGCAAGACCUGAGGCGGCACCUCGUCCUGAGCCCCUGGGGCCACUUCUUUGUCCUGUGUCUUCCUGGACCAAGCCUGGAUCCUACCAGCUGGGGCUGGGGCUGCGGCUGCGGCCGGGCCUGCGGCUGCGGCGCCCCUGCCCCACGUGCCGGCGGAAGUAGUGGAUGGCGGAGAUGGUACCGAUGUUGGCCAACAAGACUGCAAGAGAAGCACGAGAGAGCCUCCUGAGUGCCGGCUGCCUUCCAGUCUGGCCACUGUCUUCUGUCCACACGGCCUGGCCCUCAAAGGGCAGGAGGAGGCCAGCGGAACUAGGGGUGGGUCGGGGAGAAAUCUGUGCCUCUCCACGCACCCCUCAUCCCUGGUGGCCCGGCAGCUGAGACUGGACACCAGCUGUCAUCCUGGGCACCAGCCCACUCCUCCCCCAGGGCCCCCGAACCUGUUUUCCAGGCGUCUGGGGUGUGCAGAUCUGACGUUCUCACAGCCCAGGUGGCAAAGGCUACGAACACCAGGCACAUGUCGUUCUGGCUGAAGGUAAACGAGGUGAGAGGCUCCCGGGGCUCUCCUAGGGAAAAGAAGCAUGCUCUGUGCUCCGGCUCCACCCAGGCUCGUCUGUCCCAGACCCGCUAUCUGAGUCACUUCUUCCGUGUAGUACCCCGUCCCAAGACACAGGGUAGUGUGUGGCACAGCUGAGUCAAGCUGACCUCAGCAGGAUUUGCCGCUGGGGUACCAUUUCCUGGUUUGUAAAAUAUCUUGCAGGGAAAUGUGAGAGAAAGUCUAUUGAGUGCCCGACCCAGCAGGCAGCAAGGCCUGAGCGUGAGCUGUCCCGGUGUCUACUGUGCUAGAGGCCGGGGGCAGGGCACUGCUGUCAUCUGGGCCCGGAUACAGAAUGACGGUCAGUGCAGAGACAAGUUCCCGAGUGGCCGUGGUGUCUGGCCUCAUCCACCCCACCUGGACUGUGUCCUGGGAUGGCCAGCAGCUGGUCCAUCCUUCCCGGAUCAUCCCUAAGGCCCCCCUAAGGGCUCAUGACCCGGGGUCCUAGCCUGCCCCUCCCCAGCAGCCCUCCUGGCUGAGCUCUCUGGACAGUGCGUUCUCGGGACCUGGACAGCCCCGGGGCCCACGCGACACUCACCUGCUUGGCUGAACUCUCUGGACAGUACGUUCCCAGGACCUGGACAGCCCCGGGGCCCACGCGACACUCACCUGCUUGCCUGACUGCCAGGCUGAGCUGCUCUGCUGUGACUGGGCUAGGCUCUGGUGAGGUUCCAGACCCCACUCCCCAGGGGACCGACCCGGGAGGCUCUGUGGCCUGCAGCUGGAGAAGGGCAGCCAGCUCUAGCACGCCCCCCGACACGUCCUCCCCAAGGAAGUGUUCAUAGGCCUCGGGGAUGGAGAUGGGCAUGGGGUCUCCAGGCGGACAGGCUGGCACAGGCUCAGCUUGUGGGGGGUGGGCCAUGGAGUGGCCCCCCCAGUGCCCUGACCUCUGGGCUCGGCGGUCCUGGAAGAAGAACUCGCACGUGUCCGGCCACUGUACUCCGGCCAGCGCCUGGUCAGCUUCUGCCGCCUCCACGGCAUCUUUAUCCUCCUCCUCAAUAGUGUCACAAAAAAAGAACUCGUAGGCCUCUGGGAGGGUCACUGCAAAGCUGCUCCUGGGCCUAGACCCCACAGAGGCAGAGGGGGGAGGGGAAGGCAAGUGUUUGAGGAUCCGAGGCUGGGGGGACCGGGGCCCGACUGCCACGGCAUCCCAGCCUCCAGGCCUGUCUCGGCCCCCGGCUGCUGUCCUGGGAGGCGCGGGCCGGGCUGUGGCUGGUGAGGGUGGGCCUGAGGUUUCUCCCAAACCUGGCUCCUUGGGGCUGGGCACGGCCAUGGAAAAUCGCACUCUCUUCUUCUUGGGUGCUUGAACAGAGCCUGGUGGGGGGGGCUCCCCCGAGUGAUGUCCAGGGGCACCUGCUGAAGGCUCCCCUCUGGGUUUCUGUUGGUGUCCUCCUGGAGACACAACAGAGCUCAAACACAGCCUGGCCAUUGGGGCAGCCUCCACCUCCACGAAGUCAGGCCCAGCCCGGGGAAGGGGAGCAGGUGUAGACACACCUGCAUCGGAUCGGGUCUUGGAAACAAGGUGAGGCAGAGCAAGUGUAGAUGAGUCCACCUCUGGCUUAACCACUGGGCCCACCACAGGUAGGUCCAUGUCCAGUCUAGACUUGGGGGCAGGUGUAGACAGAGCCAUGUCAGGUUGAAGCUUGGAGGCGAGUGUAGACGGAGCCACAUCUGACUUAGCUUCAGAGAUAUCUGGAUGAGUCUCCUGGGCAGGUGUGGACGCGGUGUGUGGCUCGGCUCUGGGGGUCAUUCUGAGUGGGUCUGUACCUUGCUCGGUCGUAGGGACUGGUGUAGACAGACCCAAAUCUGUCCCUUGCUUGGUCAUCUGCGCAGGCGCUCCUGCAGACUCUGGACUCAGUCCAUUCUGCCUGGUUCCUGGUGUCUGCUCUGCUGUUCCAGCCGAGAGACCCUUCCCCCUGGACCCAGCCAGACCAAGGUCCUCCUUGGGCCUGGCCUCAGCAGGCAGCAGGGAGCCCAGGUGGGUGGGAGCAGAGCCCGGAGUAUUCGAGCACCGGCCCCCCUUGGCUCCGGCCGCGUGCCUCUUCUUUCGGCCAGGGCUGCGUGGCGCGGCUCCAGGAGUGCCGGGGGGCCUCUGGGGAGCAGUGGUGCAGCCGGGAGACUCGGGGCUCUGAGGAGACUCACCAGGGGGACUAGGAUCAGGGUCCUGGGGGGCCGGCCCCUGCAGAAGUCUCUGCAUCUCGUCUCUGGAAGACGCUGGCCCUGGGAGCGACGAGCUGUGACCUAGAGGGGCGGCGUCAGAUGCGAGGGACGGCAAAGCUUCUGACUGUGCGGACGUGCCGGGCAUCUGCGGAUCAGCCCCCAGGGCCAAGACAGGCUCACGCCAAGACCUGCUGACCAGUGGCCGGGCGGCGGCCUUGUCCUCCUUCUUGAAACCAGGCCAGCCCCUCCCCCCAGCAGCCGGCUGCCCCUCGAGGAGGGGUGGAGGCCCAGGGGGACUGUGGCCACUGCUGUCCCCUUGGUCAAUGUCACUGGACAAGAGCUCAUCCGCAGAGGCCAGGCUGGCCUGCGGGAGGCCACACUCUUCAGUCGUGGCUGCAAACUCGGCCCAGUCCUGGUCACUCAGCUGGAUGCUGUACUGGAAGUUUUCCAUUUCGGGUCGGCAGAGGCGCCUGAGCAGCACAGCCUGAGGCUAGGUGGGAUCUUCACGGACCCAGGCCCCGGACACAGGCCAGCAUACGCUGCCACCACCCUGCCCAGUCCCCGGGGUGCCCCCCACCUCCUCGGCUCGGGGGCCGGCACUCCAUCUAUGUCCUGCAAGAGAGCAGAAAAGGGAACCCGGAGGGAAGCUGAGCCGCUGUCAAACCCGACCUUUCCUCCGAGUUAGAGAACGCGCGGCUCCCGCUUUGCCUGCUUCCAAACUGACCCCUGAUAAUAACCGUGUAAUGACAUAUGUUACAUUCUGCAAAUCAAAUAGUGAGGCACACUAAGAAAA